CACAAGAGAACACACACUUUAACAAGAGGACUCAUCACUGAACACACACUGAAGAUGCUGUGCUCCCAUGGAUUCCACUCUGCCCUCAGUCCAUUCAUGGACUUCCACUGGCCUGUAUACACUCUAAGGUCAGAGGUCAGGCCUCUGCUCUACCAGCAGGAUGUACUGCAGAGAAACCUAAAGGAGCUCCGCAGCAGUCUGGAGCUGAUGGACAAACUUCAACACAAGAUCCAGGAGGAGACAGAGCCCUUCCAAACCAGCGAGGCCGUGCAACCGGUCUCCUUCCAGCUGGAGAAAGAGGGAGAGCACUUCGGCUUGACCCUGGACACUCGAGGCUUUUCCCCAGAGGAGCUGUCUGUCAGACAGGAGGGCAGGAGGCUGAGAGUCAGCGGGAAGACAGAGAAGAAGCAGGAGGACGGGAAAGGCUCCUACUCUUACAGACUCCAGGAGUUCAGACAGGAGUUUGAUCUGCCCCAAGGGUCCAACCCUGAAGCCGUCACCUGCUGCCUGGCUCCAGACGGGAAGCUCCACAUCCAGGCAGCCAAAGCUCCAUGUGUGGAGGAGGCUGAGAGAGAGCUGACUAUCAAGAGGAGCUCGGAGGAGGAAACACAGCAGAGUGUGUGUUCACACACAGAAGGCAGCAGCACAGACAGCAGCACGAAGGGCACACAUGAAAACAUGGACUCAUCUACAUGAUGGACCAAUACAUAAUAAAUGUGUUUUAUACAUAUACAUAAUUAUAUUGUUAGAUGAUGAGAAUAUGGGCUGUUGUGUUUUAUAAUUGAGUAAGAAUAAAUUCUCCUAAUUUGAAAUCA